AUAUUGACAGGUCGUCAAAACAAAGCUUUCGUCUCCGUAGGUAGCUUUUACAGCUUUGUCACCAACAUUCCUUUCACGAAAUAGUGUUUGCUCACGGCAUCGAGUUGCGCCCGCAUGACUAACGACCAUUCUCAAUGAAUUUCCUCAAAUCGGCGGUAGCAUCAGCUAUCGCGCAAGGCCCGCCGUUCCCCUACACCUUUGGCGAAAAGGUCGAGGGACACUCGUCCAUCUGGACUCUCCAUAAUGGCACCAGGCGCGAGGAUGGCAGUAAUUGCAGCAUCCUUUCCUUCGAUGUCGCAGCCAACAAGAGCCGGCUGGCUCUAGCCAAAAAUGCGCUGAAGAAGUUACGGACGAUGCGACACCCAGGGGUGAUCAAGAUUCUAGAUACCGUCGAGACAGACUCAUAUAUAUACAUCGCGACCGAACGACUUGUACCGUUAAGUUGGUACAUCAAGUUGAAAAGCUUAAGUCCCGAGACGAUCAAAUGGGGAUUAUACGGCAUUGCGCGCACCAUCAAGUUUAUCAACGACGAAGGCUCUUCGAUCCACGGCAGUCUGAAAGUCGCCUCCAUCUAUACAUCCGAAAGCGGCGAGUGGAAACUUGGAGGCUUUGACGUCCUUAGUAAUGUUAAGGAUGACGAGGUGAUUAUAUACACGUACGGAAGUCUUGUUCCAGACUCGGGACGCUACACACCGCCCGAACUCGCUCGAAACGGCUGGGAUGCUAUUAAACGAAGCCCACAUACGGCGGUCGACUCAUACAACUUUGGCACCCUCAUAUUCGAGGUCUUCAAUGGCGACUUCACCGGAGCAGACCAGGCGGGUCAGACUAAAGGAAUCCCACCUUCGAUGCACGGAAGCUACAAGAGGCUCGUCAACCCAUCGCCGAAAUCAAGAAUCACAGUCGGGGCGUUCCUUGAGCAAGGGCGGAGGUCGGGCAGUUUCUUUGACUCGCCUCUGAUUAAGUUGACGGACGGCAUUGACAAUCUUGGCGUAAAGUCGGAGGAGGAACGGGAGAUUCUCCUUGACGACCUCGAUUCAGUCUCCGACGACUUCCCGGAGGACUUUUUCAAAAUGAAGGUUCUUCCUGAGCUUCUCAAAUCUGUCGAGUUCGGCGGUGGUGGACCGAAAGCGUUCAGCAUUGUUAUGAAGAUCUCCACUAAGCUUUCCGACGAAGAUUUUGAUGCAAAGGUUCAACCGGUGGUCGUCCGGCUCUUUGUAAAUCCUGAUCGCGCCAUUCGUGUGUGUCUGUUGGACAACCUCCCACUUAUGAUCAACCGACUGCCACAGAAGGUGGUAAACGACAAGAUGUUCCCCAAUAUUGUUUCUGGCUUUACAGAUGUAGCACCACUAGUUCGAGAGCAGACGUUGAAAUCUGUACUAGUAAUCAUCGGCAAGCUAUCAGACCGUGUUAUUAAUGGUGAGCUGCUGAAAUAUCUUGCAAAGACGGCAAACGACGAACAGCCAGGCAUCAGAACAAACACCACAAUUGUGCUGGGAAAGUUGGCCAAAAACCUAGGAACGUCAACAAGAUCGAAGGUUCUAAUAGCAGCGUUUUGCCGAUCGCUGAGGGAUCCUUUUGUGCAUGCACGGAACGCCUCCCUGAUGGCUCUAGCCGCUACGGCGGAACACUUCUCUGAUGAAGAUUGUGCAACGAAGAUUCUCCCUGCCAUUUGUCCGGCCCUGAUCGACAAGGAAAAGCUCAUUCGUGAUCAGGCGAUCAAGACGAUGGAAGUCUACAUGCAGAAGAUCCGCAAGGCAGCAUCAAACAUGCCAGACACGGUCCUACCACCGCCAGAGACAGCGCAAGCAGCUGGUCCCAGGAUGAGCACGCCGCAGCCCAGCGAGGCCUCGUCGUGGACUGGCUGGGCCAUUUCGAGUUUCACGAACAAGCUCUCGACGGCGGCGGGUGAGAUCCAACCGUCAAGUAACGACACUGCCUCUGCCAGCGUGGCCUCGCCAACCCCACCCUCAACUCGAUUGGCCCAUGUCAACUCAUCGGCGUCUGCUCUGCACAGGCAAGCUGUGCAGUCGCCGCCUCCGCCACCCUUAUCCCGCAACUCGUCAACCUCAGCUGCAGAGGCUUACUUCAAAGACCCCGAACCCAUUGAUGAUGGUGCCGCAUGGGGCGACAUGGAGGAUAUGAACGAUGACGUGGAUGUAUGGGGUGAGGAACCCUCCGGGGCCGUAGCACCGGCACCGGCAAGCAAGCUAGCGGCUAGUAAGAAGUCCGCAGCAUCGCCAUCUUCAUUCGAUGAUGGUUCGGAGCCUGAUUUCGCGGGCUGGCUCGCGGCGCAGUCGCAGAAGAAGAUACCCGGAAAGAGCAAACCGUUACCCAAGGGGUUGACGAAGUCGGGUGGUGCCGCUGCGAAACCGGCGACAUCAAAGCCGGUCGUGGCCAAGAAGAUCGACUUGAAGCCCAAGGCUACAGACGACGAUGAUGGGUGGGGCGACGGGUGGUAAUGGGCGGUUAGUCUGCGCGCGAAGCAGAUAGGGCAUAGAUGGCAUCGCAUGGCGUUUGGGAGUUGAAAUAGGCUCAGAAUCUACUUGGUACACCAACACAUGGUAUCAUAAUAUGGUGGGACAGGUGCAAUACAAUCUGAGAUACUGGCUGC